CCAAUUUCUUCACAUCACAUCAAACACCCACUCUACAUGCCAUAUCCUACCAAACAAUCACGCCAUGGCUAGUCAAGAGGGAAAUGGUUCAAACAUGGAGCUGGUCUCGUGGCUGCAAUCGCUGAAUCGUCCAGCCUCGCGAGAGUCGCUCUAUACGAACAUCCUCCCAGCGCUUCUCAAUGGCGUCGCUGAGAUUGGCAAGGCGCUGAGGGGCUCUACUAACGUCUCCCUCGUUGGGUCUGCGAAUGCGUUCGGUGACGAGCAGCUCAAUGUAGACGUUUUGGCGGAAAAUAUUAUCCGUGAUACUAUCGCCAAGUGCCCGACAAUCUUCACGGCCAGCAGCGAGGAGGACCCGAUCGAGCGACCUGCGCGAGCAGAUGAGCAGACACCAGCACCAAGCACCAGUGCGGAACAAUACACUGUCGCCUUCGACCCUCUCGAUGGAAGCUCCAUCAUCGCACCCAACUGGACUGUCGGUACUAUCAUCGGCGUGUGGGAUGGCGUCACUGCGCUCAACCAGGAUCCGGCGGAGAAGCAAGUCGCUUCCAUCCUUGGAGUCUACGGCCCGCGCACGACGGCAAUCGUGGCACUGCGUGUUCCGGGUACGGAAGAGAUCUGUUUCGAAGUCGGCUUGACUGGAGACGGCACGCCAAGAGUUGAGGUAGUCCGCCCCGAGGUUCAGCUUGCGAAACCGCCCUUCAAGACGCGCUACUUUGCUCCGGCAAACCUGCGUGCUGCGGCUGAGGACCCUCAGUAUAUGAGCCUCAUCACGCGCUUUGUACAGGAGAAGUACACCUUGAGAUACUCUGGCGGGCUCAUUCCCGAUGUGGUCCAUGCCCUGGUCAAGGGACACGGCGUGUACGUCUCCCCGGUCACAGGGGUUAGCAAGGCGAAGCUCCGACGACUCUAUGAGCUGUGUCCCGUAGCUCUUGUGCUCGAAUGUGCAGGCGGCCAGGCUAUUGAUCCAGCUGAUGGCGAGAGAAUCCUCGGAAGGGUAGUGGAAGAUUGUGAUGAACGGGGUGGACUGGUUUGUGGCACCGCUAGCGAGGUUGAGAGCGUAAGGGAUGCUCUGCGAAGGAAGUAAACAUGAGACUCUUGGCAAAAUAAAUCACAUGUUUGCUGCCAUGGCUCGGUAAUUCCAGCUCAGGGUUGUGUUGAUGGAGUGUACUACAUUUGCAGGGUCACUUUGAUGUCAUAUAACGACGGAGCGCCACAUUGAAUACACGUAUCCCUCGCCCUCGUCGUUCUCAAUAAAGUAGAGCCCUAAACUCUACUGUGUUCCGGCGUUGCAAAACAAACGUGGCUAGCCGUUCUCAACCCCAGUCCCUGGCGGAACAACUGCCUCCACCAGUCAACGCCAGGUCCGGUGCCGAAUAACCAUUUGCCCAGGAUACUACCCCAUCUUCCCCGGCUUCUCCAGAAAACGUUUCCUAUUUAGUCCCCUACCCCGGAAAACGAGGAGUCAAUCGUUGCAUUUACCUUGGGGUCACAAACUGUAGACCGCCGGUUUGGGAGCCCUCGUGGGCUCAAGGGCUUGUAGGGAUCUCAAAAUCGCGCGGGGGCC